UGAAGCUACGCUUUGGCUGUACAGAAUCUUUUACCACCACUGUUGGGUAAAUGAGAAAUGGUCGUGUGAUUAUGCUGACAUCCCAGCAUGCAUUUGGUAGACCUGUGGUUAACUCGUUCCCUCUCCAUGUGUCUGCUCUUACAAAGUUUUGUCCUCAUGAUACUGUGCUUUCAUUCUGCCAGUAUGUGCCCAAAAGGCUGCCUUUGUUCUCAUUCUGGAGGUUUAAAUGUCAGUUGUAGCAAUGCAAAUCUCAAGGAAAUACCCAGAGAUCUUCCUCCUGAAACAGUCUUACUUUAUUUGGACUCCAAUCAGAUAACAUCCAUCCCAAAUGAAAUUUUUAAGGACUUGCAUCAACUGAGAGUCCUCAAUUUAUCCAAAAAUGGUAUUGAAUUUAUAGAUGAACAUGCCUUUAAAGGAGUGGCAGAAACCUUGCAGACUUUGGACUUGUCUGACAACCGGAUUCAAAGUGUGCACAAAAACGCUUUCAAUAACUUAAAAGCCAGAGCCAGAAUUGCAAACAAUCCUUGGCACUGUGACUGUACUCUGCAGCAGGUCCUGAGGAGCAUGGCGUCCAACCAUGAAACAGCCAACAACGUCAUCUGUAAGACUUCUGUGUUAGAUGAACAUGCUGGGAGACCAUUCCUCAAUGCUGCCAAUGAUGCAGAUCUUUGUAACCUUCCUAAAAAGACUACUGAUUAUGCCAUGCUAGUCACCAUGUUUGGCUGGUUCACCAUGGUGAUAUCCUAUGUAGUUUAUUAUGUGCGGCAAAAUCAAGAGGAUGCAAGAAGGCACCUUGAGUACUUGAAAUCCCUGCCAAGCAGGCAAAAGAAACCAGAAGAAGCUGAUGACAUUAGCACUGUGGUAUAGUAUCCUGAAUACAACUGAC